GUUCCCGCCAGAACUGUGCGCGCUCCGUCGCUGUCGCCACCGUAUACCGGCAUCGUCCUCCGCUCGGCUGGCUACGUAUUUGGGAAUGUGGAUUAAACAGUUUUCCGUAGAAACGCGUGCGCCCAAACUAGUGUCAAAGUAUUGUAAAGGCGCUCGUCUAAAAAUAAACCCGUGUCCAUCUGGUGUAGCAUUUCAACGUAGGUUUUAGGUUAUACAUAGUGGAUCGCGAAUGUAGAAUAAUUCAACAGUUUUAGUUAGUAAAAUAUUCGUCACCCAAAAACGAAAUACGUUUUUAGAUUGCCAGUUAUUAGAAUUUUGAGGUUAGCCGGCUCGCUAUUUCGGCUUUGUUUACGUUGGUGCAGUGUUGCCGGUUGGUGCGGGGUUUGAUGUUUGUGAUGUCACUUUCUGAGUGAGUGGGUGAAGUGUACAGCAAGAUGCCCUCCAAAAAGCAGUAUAAUCUUGUGCAGAAUGACGACUACGACACCAGGAUUCCCCUACAUUCGGACGAGGCGUUCCAACAUGGAAUCACAUUCCAAGCAAAGUACAUUGGUACCCUAGACGUGCCCAGGCCUACAAGUAGAGUGGAAAUCGUCGCCGCAAUGCGUAGAAUACGUUACGAGUUCAAGGCGAAAGGCAUCAAAAAGAAGAAAGUGACGGUGGAAGUGUCAGUGGAUGGAGUGCGAGUCACCCUCAGGAAAAAGAAAAAGAAAAAACCUUGGAUGGAUGAAAACAACAUGGUUCUAAUGCAGCACCCAAUUUACCGGAUAUUUUACGUAUCCCACGACUCACAAGAUCUCAAAAUCUUCAGCUACAUUGCGAGAGAUGGCGCUACCAACGUGUUCAAAUGCAACGUCUUCAAAUCCAACAAGAAGAGCCAGGCGAUGCGAGUGGUGCGGACCGUUGGGCAGGCGUUCGAGGUGUGCCACAAGCUUUCAGUUGGAGGUCCGGGGGAAGACGACGCGGAAGCGACAGAAACCUUAGCGUCGGAGUCCCACACAGACCUGCUCUCUGAGAAGCAUCGGAAAGAUGCACCCUCAGAACCUGAGACUAUAGGAGGUAACGACUCCUUGUCGACCCUGGACGCCCAGUCUGAUGUGACACCUGCCCCUGCCACAGUCCCCGUCCAACGUCCUCUCAGACUCGACAUCAUUCCGCCCCCGCCCAACAAUCACCCGACACGGCGAUCCCCACUGAGUGGAGGAGAGACGUACAGUUCGCCAUUGAGUGAACCUCUCAAGUCAGCACCAGAGUCGAGUCUGCCCUCGGCUGGUACGCCGCUCAGCGCUCACCACGAACUGCAGCUGCUGAGGGAACAGCUGGAGCAGCAGAAUCAGCAGACGCAAGCUGCUGUGGCCCAGGUUCAUCUGCUGAGAGAUCAGCUGGCUGCUGAGACUGCUGCUAGACUGGAGGCUCAGGCUCGAACCCAUCAACUUCUGGUCCACAACAAGGAGUUGUUAGACCACAUCAGUGCUUUGGUAGCUCACCUGCAAGAGACUGAGAGGCUUCAACAGCAUCAACAUCAACAACAACAACAACAACAAAAUCAACAUCAACAUGUUACUUCUGUUCCCCAGUCUCAGAUGGGCAUGAUGUGCGAGCCUCAAACUCCGUCCCUCGGAUCCGUCUACCUCCAGGACUACCCGGAUAUAGAGACCAUCCGCCAACUGACCAAUCAGGGACUUCUGGAUAACCGGAACAUCAACCAAUCCUACCUGCAGGGUGUUCCCGGAUCUCCCAGACAACAGAGGAGUAUGAUGCCGAACGUCUUCAACUUCGGUCUGGCUGAUCAACAGUUCCAGAACCAACUCUUGCAGCGGUUGCAAAACAUCACGCCUCAAUAUCGAAACCAGUACUACCCGGUCGGAGGAAUGUAUCAGCAGAACACGCAGCAAACUUCACCGCAGCAGUUUAAUUUCCGGGUGUCCCAAGCUUCUUCCUACGCUAGUUCGCCAGUGCUUGCACACAAGAAGCAAGAGAGCGAGGAAGGUUCACAAUUCAUCCGUCCGUUGUCUCAAGGAGGAUUGACGACAACUGAGACGGAAGGAAGAACGAGAGUUUUGGUCGGAGCAGACGACGAUGUUGACGUGCCGAGACUUGACCCGCCUCCGUCGGGGGCAAAACGGAAAGACGGGAAACGUGAUCAACUCUCCGCUGCAUUCAACACCCUCAGGGUUUCUGACGAGGAAGAACUUCGAAGGCCAGGUUUUCAAAACGGACCUUUCAUUACGAGGUCGACUAGUGAGAAAGUUCCUAACCGAAGUGAACUAAUGUCACAAGUACAAAGAACUGCUUGGGCCCGACACACUACAAAGUGAUCGUUCAUUACUGCGUAGGACGGACUAUAUCAAAUUUGUAGCUUCCCUCGGGUGAAGUUUUGUAUCAGGCUCUUAAAAUAUUACUUUUACAGGAAUUAACAGUGAUCUUCGGGACUUAUUUACACUGACUUCACUUAACGUCCUGAAUGGUAAUGUUUUAAUUGCUUUGGAUUUUAUUUAGUGUUGUUAUCUCCAAUGUUACGGAGUUGUAUAAAUGUAAUAUAGUGCACAUUUUCUUUGUUGACAGUUUACCAAGUUACUUAAUAUAGAAAUAUCAAUCUCAGGCUAGAGUCAGUAACAAGAUUACCACUUUUUGUGACAAAAUAAUACGCCAGAGACAUAUAUCAUAGCAUUUGUUUACGUGAUGGUAACUUUUCUUACUGAAACAAUUUUAAAGUUCUUCCCUACACCCUAAAAUUCCUAUUAUGGAUAGUUCUUUGUUUGUGUUUUUUACCGAUAUUUGCUUUUAUACCUAUUUAUCUAUACCACUUAAGUAUUUCCAAUGUUUUUUUUUUUUACAAACACACUUCCAGUCAUGUGAAUUUUAAUAGCAGUAUUAUUAUUGAGUUUAGUUUCGUAUUUUGACAAUGUCCAAAGUAUGUUUUAGUAAACAAUGCAACUUAAAGUAUAAACUUGACCUAUUGUCAAGGUGUUUCAAUUUCAACAGUUUGGAUUAAUUUUGUUGUUGAGUAUUUUUAAGCAAUCCCCUAAGUGAUCCUUCACCCGCUGAACUGAUCUUAGUUUUUAGAUUCGUAGAAGACGUUUUGUAUGAGAUUAGGUAAGGCCUAAGGCAGUUGAUACUUAAGCUGUACCAAGUAACGGUAUUUAAAAAUCUGCUCAUUAUGUUUCUUGUCCUCCCUACUUUUGACAAGUAACCUAUAACUUGUUUUGUCUUUCUCACAUGGAAUAGACACCUAACUGAGAUGGAAAAUGUUCUCCAUAAAAAUUCUAUUUUUAAUUGUAGUGAUAAAAUUUAAUUUAGUAUUUUGACUUGCCAAACAUUAUUUUAAAAUUGUUUAGCUAUAACUAAAUUGAAGAAGACUCCAUG